CAUUUCAGACUUCAUCCUCCUCAUUAAAUCCGUGCCAGGUUUUCCAGCAGACCCAGAACCCUCCAGGUUUUAUUUGCAGCACACAGAGCUGCAUGCAUGGCUUCCUCCUACAGUACUGAUCCUCGACACUACUAACUUGGGUCCACUUUAUCAGCAACUUUUGAGUUCUUUGCUUUCACCAGACAUGAACUGUGGAAGAAAUGAGAGCACAUAAGCUGUUUUUUAAAGAGGUUAAAGUUUAACAAGCGGUUUUGGAACUUUUACCUUCAAUUUGCUUUUUUUCCAGCAUUUUUCUUUGUUGCAGAAACAGAUUCUUCUUCCUGUUCACAACGGGGACCAUCACAGCGAACCCUGACUGCAUUCGGGGAACCAGACUACUUGGUCCAGUUUAAGCUUUUCAAGUAAAGAUCUCCUCCUCGCCAUGUCCUGUGACUCAGACCCUUACAUCUUUACCACCGACACCCUACCGACUGACCUCCGCUUCCUCCCUCCACUGGCCAAUGGGCUUCUGGGAUGGAGGGUGUACAACAAUAUCAUGCACAUGGGUGGCGUGUACAACGGGGAGGGUGGACGUUGUCACCGAGCAGAUGUCCCCUGUCCUCUAGCUGUGAAGCUGGAGUCAGAAGAAGCGGCCCAGCACUCCUACAGCCUAGACACCCACACAGGCAUUUUUACCCACACUCUGAGCUCAGCAAGUGUGACCGUCUCCCAGUCUUUGUAUUCGCACCGGUACUACUCCAACCUGAUGGUGAUGGAGGUUCUGUUGGUGCGUCAGGUGACUUCGGAGGAGCCAAUCACCGUUAAGCUGGUCAGUUCAUUCACACCUCAGAGCAAAGACAUCGUGUUCGAGUCUGAUCCUGAUUACAAAGGAGGAAGGCACAUCCAAGGAAAGACGAACAGCGCUGAGUUCCCAGGAGGUUCCUGUCCCACAGUGCACCUUAUCUGGACCCCCGUGCCCUCCACUCUGACUCUGCUCCCAGAACGGAGCCAGUCUCGCUGGGGCUUCGUCCUGGUCGUGGCCAACAGCUCAGACACUGCUGAGGCCGGUUUUGACGAGGGCCUGGAUCUGAUGGCGACCGGUAACCUGCGUCCGUCUCACGAGAACGCCUGGAAAGAACUGUGGCUGCAGAGCAAGGUGGAGGCGACGGGCUCAGAGAGCCUCGGCAAGGCUCUGAUUGGCUGCAUGUUCUACCUCCUCAGUGCCUUCCCCUCCAUACAUGACACCUCCAGCUCCUUUGGCGGGGUCAGUCCGGGCGGGCUGUCUAAUGGCGGGGACGGUCAGGACUACUGGGGCCACGUUUUCUGGGACCAGGACAUUUGGAUGUAUCCGGGUAUCGCCCUUUUCUAUCCCAAGCUCGCCCGAUCUGUGCUGCAGUACAGAGUCGGGACUAUAGAUGGCGCAAAAGACAACGCACAAAAGCAGGGAUACAAGGGAAUAAAGUUCCCGUGGGAGAGCGCAGUGUCGGGGAGGGAGGUGUGUCCAGAAGACAUUUAUGGACAACAAGAGAUUCACAUAAACGGAGACGUCACUCUGGCCUUCCAGCACUAUCUCUACCUCACUGAGGACCUGUCCAUGUUCACACAGGGCCAGGGCAGUGAGGUGAUAUACGGUGUGGCUGAUUACUGGGUUUCUAGAGUUACCUGGAACCCAGACGACCACAAGUAUCAUCUCACGGGUGUCAUGCCACCCGAUGAGUAUUAUUACAAUGUCAACAACUCUGUGUACACAAACACGGUGGCCAAAUUCAGUCUCCAGUUCGCUGUAGAAUUGGCUGACCUCCUCCAACAUCCUGCACCGAAGGAAUGGCAAGAAGUUGCAGAACACCUAAAAAUACCUUUCGACCAAGAAACCCAGUACCACCCUGAGUUUGAUGGCUAUAUUAAAGGUCAUCCAGUGAAGCAGGCAGACACAGUGAUGUUGGGAUAUCCUCUUGGACUGCCAAUGACCCCAGAGGUCAGGAGAAAUGACCUCGAGGCCUAUGAGCCAGUAACAGACCCUCAGGGUCCAGCCAUGACAUGGGUACGACACAGCAUGUUGUAUGGUCAGCACAAAGCUGGUGUAUUUGAGAUUUACUGGCAAAUGCACUUGGGGAGGGCUGAGAACAGCUCACAAAUUCACUUGAGACAGCUGCUUCAAGAACAUCCCAGCGGGCCAUUCCAGGUAUGGAGUGAAUCAUCAGACGGCUCCGGUGCAGUGAACUUUCUCACGGGUAUGGGAGGAUUCCUGCAAGCUGUGCUCUUCGGUUAUACUGGCUUCAGAGUUCAGAAGGAGUGCCUGGCCUUUUCCCCACUACUCCCCAAUGAUAUUUCUGAACUCUGCAUCCGUGGCGUGAACUACCUGGGCAGUCAGAUGGACUGGCUGCUGAGGAAAGAGGAAGUUUGUAUCAUACUGAGGGAACAGGCUGGCAACGCUAAGUCCUACAAUCUACAGGUUGUCUUGAAGGCAUCAGGGACGAAACUCCCUCUCACACCAGGGCAGCCAGUGACUUUUCCUCGAGAGCCUGGGUACAUUUGUAAACUGACACCUUCCUGUUGGCCUUUCUGAAACAGCAACCAUGACCUUCCUGAUCAGUUCAUUUACCAAGAAUUAAAAAUAUGUUAAGCAUUUGUUUUAAGGUACUAAGUUGUAUGUUGCCAUUCACUCGAGCACCCAUUGACAGUGGGAGCACAAACAAGUAUAAAAGGAACUUGUUUUGAUAUAAUUAAAGCUGCAGUAGGUAACCUUUCUAAAAAUUACUUUGACAUAUUUGCUGAAAGUUUCACUAUAUCCUGACAGUGCAAAUACCAUCAGGAGCACUAGGAGGAGCCAGAGGAACCUGAUCUGUUCACAGAUUAUCUGUCUCAUGUUCUACCGUCAGGAUAUAGUGAAACUUUCAGCAAAUAUUUGUCAUAUUUUAAGUUACCUACUGCAGCUUUAAAAGAAAAUGUGUAAGUGCUCACCUGUACUCAUUUGUUAACUCAAUGGACCUUCCCUCUGGCUGGUUGCACCAGAAAGGACUACAUUAUACAUUUAUAUUAGCUUAACAAGUAGAGUGUGCUCCUUUUUUCAUUUCAAAGUGCUUAUGUAUGUGAAAACACAUGAAAACAAUUGUUAUUUUUAUUAUAACUUUUGUUAAAAUAACUGUUAUUUUAUAAUUCAGUGGCCUACAAACAUUUCUUACAGGGCUGCACGAUAUGGCAAAAACAUCAUAUUGCAGUUAUUUUGAGAGAUUUUGUAAUAUGAUUCAUGAUUUGUGCGGUAAUGAUUGUUUUUGCCUCACAAAUAAAAAAUGUUGCUUAACAAAUGAGUAAAAUCAGGGUAUUGUUAUAUUUUUUGAAGUCUGUACAAAACAUGUUAACAAGCUAGAACAAGAUUUGUUGGCCAGAUCUUCUGUAUCUUCAUUAUAAUGCCAUUUUGUUACAUUUUACCUUCAUCAUAUUGCACUUGGCCAUACGGCGAUUUCACUCAUAUUUUGAUUAACUGUGCAGCUCUAAUUUCUUACAGUUUAUCUGAGCGAUCAGGUGUUAUAAUAUUACCAUGUUAUGAAACCAUAAACCAAUGAUAUUGUCAUGCAAACGAAAUAUAUUCCAAUAAAACUUCUUACAUUCUCCA